UAAUGUUGGAUCACCGCAGUUUAUUGCCUAUUAGACUUAACUGCGUAAGUGAUAGCUUAGUUUUUGUUGUUUGAACAUACGUAAAAUUCAAUGUUAUGGUUCUGUAAUGGAUAAACCGUGUGAAAAUAACAGUAUUAGACUAAAGCCGGAACAAAACGACUAUGAAAACCCCAAACUAAGCUACAAAUUUAUGAAAAUCAUAUACAUUUUAAUUCAGUACUUCAUUAAGUGAUAAAAAUUAAUUACAAUGUCAAGCUCAAACCAAUCAAUGGGAUUCGAACCAUGGUUAAAAGAGAACCAAACAAUUAGGUACGCAGCGGCGUUCAUAACGUUGCUUAUUAUGUGUAUUGGAAUUGUAGGUAAUAGUUUGACUAUAUUAGUGAUACUAAAAAGUCCACGGAUUCGAAAUGUAGCUUCUGCAUUUAUCAUCAGUCUAGGUGCGGCUGAUUUGUUAUUCUGCAUUGCCGUAUUGCCAUUCAAUGCUUCAAGAUUCUUAAAUAUUAAUUGGAUACAAUACCCAGUACUAUGUUCAAUAGUACCAUUUUUCCAAUAUGGAAAUAUUGGUAUAUCACUGCUCUUUAUUACUAUGAUAACCAUAAAUAGGUAUAUAAUGAUCGUUCAUUCAAGCUUAUAUAGUAUAGUAUAUCGUCCAAUAUGGAUAACUUCCAUGAUAAUACUUUGUAUAAUUAUUUCGUUUGGCAUGCUGGUACCUACCCUUUUAGGUAAAUUUGAAAAUGAUCCAAAGUUGGGUUCAUGUUCUAUAGUAUCUGAUGAAUCUGGUCGAUCUUCUAAAUUUGCACUUUUCAUCACUGGGUUCAUCAUACCGUGUAUUGUAAUUGUUUGCUGUUAUACUAGUAUAUUUUGGGUUGUUCAUAAGUCAGAACAACGAAUGCGAAGACAUCAACUAUCCACCCAAAGUGAUCCAACAGUAACAAAUAUGCAAUCUAUAAAAAGAAAACUUAGUGAAUGGAGGAUUACUAAAAUGGUGUUAGCUAUAUUUUUAUCUUUUGUACUUUGCUAUUUGCCAAUUACUAUCACAAAAACAUCAGAUCCAGAUGUCCAAUACCCAGCUCUUCUCUUGAUUGCGUAUAUUAUGGUUUACGCGUCAGCAUGUUUCAAUCCAAUUAUAUACGUCAUAAUGAAUAAACAGUAUAGAAAAGCAUUUAAAUCAGUUCUAAGUGUUGGAUGUUGUGAAAAAGCUACAAAACGAGUACCUGUUUUGAGAUCCAUAUCGAAACGUCUACAGCCACACGGAAAAAAUCAAGAAGACCGUGGAUUUGGGACAACUGUAUCACAUGUGUCAUCGAUUGCUCUAGAAUCGUUGGACCACAAUAAUAGGAUUUCGAGUUUAUAGCCUAGCUUAACAUAAUUUUACUAAAGAGUAUUUUUAUAUUUUACUUUUGCUACACAAUUUUUGUUCAUACAUGGCGUUUAUGAUUUUAAGUAUUCUUUUCAACGUCAACAAAUGCCUAAUAGUAUAUUUAAUGUAAAUAACACAAACUACCUACCUACUACAACAAAUACUUAGUCUAAAAGAUUCAAAACAUUUCCUAACUUUAAGUUUUGUACUUGAAUAAUAAAACUAAAAAUAGAAAUAAAAUUGUAAUAAAUAACUA